AUGCCUCCGCGUCGCCGCUCCUCCUCCGGCUACCGCGGUGUUCGCGCGCGGCCGAGCGGACGCUUCGACGCCGAGAUCCGUUCCGGCGAGGAGCGCAUCCGCCUCGGCACCUUCGACACAACGCACGAGGCAGCGCGCGCCUACGACGCCGUCGCGUGGCGCCUCGGCGGAGAUGCUCGCGCCACCAUCGCCGGCCGUCACGACCGAGCAGUGACGGGGCGCAACCGCAAGCUCGAGCAGCGCAUGCGCAUCGCGGAGCAGGACGAGCGCCUUGAUGACCCACAAGUAUAG